AUGGUAUCAACCGGUGAAUCAAAUACAAAUACAACCUCAGAUGAAUCUAUAUUUGAAGGAUCACCAUUUCGAUGUCGAUUAAGUUUUUAUGGACGUGGACAAAAUGCUAGUGCACCAACACUUAUUAAUAAUAAAACAAAUUUACAUAAAGGUGACCUAUUUGUUAUAAGUUUAAAUGAUGAUGGUACACAAAAACUUGUUAUGCAAGUUGAUGAAGAACGUACUGGUCCAUCAGUAAAUCCAGAAAUUCUUAUCGAUGAAUCAAUUAAAAGAACAUUUUCUGUAAUUAGUUUUAUGAGAAAUUAUCAUGCAGUACAAAAAGUUGUUGCUAAAGAGAAAUUUGCACUUUAUUUAGUCGAAUUACAAGUUAAAGAACAAUAUCUAAGUCGAGGUGAUAUGUGGAGAUUUACUCGAAAAUUAAUUAACACAACUGUUUAUUUAAAAAAAGCAUUAGAAAUGUUUGGCAUGCGUGCCACAGUUUAUGGUUUAUGGGUUGAUGCAGCACCAUAUCGUGUGUCUUCUGGUUAUAUAACAAAAGAUACUAAAAUUGUAUUUCGUUCAUUAAGUGCUUGUUGUACUAUAUUUUUACAAAUGUCAAAAGAAAUGUGGGAUUUUGAUCAUCAUGGUGAUACAUAUUAUGAAAAAGCUGUUGAUGGAUUUCUUUUUGAUUUAUUUACUCGAUGGAAGUCAAUGAGUUGUCAACAUGAUGUAACAAUGACGUUAUUUUCAAGAGUUUUUUAUGAUGCAAAAUGUUUGGAAGAUUUUCCAACAAGUUUACGUGAAAAUAUUAAUACAGAUCAUCGAGGAAGAUAUUAUGAAGAUUUCUAUCGUGUAAUUUAUCAAAAUGAACGUUAUGAUGAUUGGUUACCUCGUUUAGCAAAAAUAAAACAAGUACUUGUUAAUUAUAAGGAAGAUCUUCUUACUUAUCAUAAAAAGAAAUUAGCAAAAUGUGAAGCUGAAAAAAUGCCUAAUGGAACAAUUUCAUGUGCAGCUGAUGGAAAUUUUCUUGAAACAUUAAAUUUAUCAUCUAGUGUAUUUGAACGUCAUUUUAUUGAUCGACCAUUUGAUCGUCUUGGACAAAUGUCUUUAGUUAUAACACCUGGUGCUGGUGUAUUUGAAGUUGAACGUGAAUUAGCAAAUAUGACUAAACAACGUGUAUUAGAUAAUGGUAUUGGAAGUGAUCUCGUUUGUUUAGGUGAACAACCAUUAUUUGCUGUACCACUUUUUAAAUUUUUUAAAGAAAAUCCAAAUACAGCUGAUGAUUAUCAAAUACCACAUUGGAUGAAUUUAAGUUAUUAUCAUAAUUCAACAACACCAUCAUGUUUCCAACGUUACAUUCCACGUUUACCAUUUGAUACAAAUCGAAUUCAAGGUGGAAUGUUAGAGGUUAAAAAUGUGAUGAAUUCCAUUGCAGAAGAACCAUUUAUGAAACCAUUACAUUUAUCAAUGGAAGAAUAUGAUGCUCAAGUAUUUCGAACACAAACAAAAUCUUUAUCAAAAGAUAAUUAUCCAGAUAAACCAACUAAAGCUGAAAUUCGAGUACCACGAAGACGACAUGUCACUUUAGAAUAUCCUCCUUCAAUCGAAGAAGAAGAAGAUUGUAUCCAAGAUCAAAAUGGAUUGGUAAUUGUUAAUAAUAAUAAUAAUAAUAAUAAAACUAAUAAUACUCAUCCAAUAUUUGGAUUGCAUGAUGAUUUUCGUCAUUUUAAUGCAAAUAUAAAAGAUGAUAUUGUUCUUUCUACAUCUCAUGCUGGAACAUCAUCUAGUAUUAUGGGCAAUAUUCCAUUUCAUCAUACAUUUAAUCAAUCAUCGCAAGUUUUAUUUUAUAAUCCACAUAGUUCAUCUCGUGGUGCAGCACAAAGUGCUGAGACAUAUUUUUUAGUAUCAAAUUUAUUUGCUCGUUUACAAGCACGACCAAAAGCAUUAACAAAUCCAUUUGCACCUGCUAGUAUUCGAAUACCAAUGGUACCAGGACGACGUCGAUGGGCACAUACAUUUCCAAUGGGUCCAAAUAAAUUACCAUGGCAUUUUCAUCAUUUACGUCAAACAGAAAAUCGAACAAAAGAAGAAUUAUCUAUUGGAAUUUCUACUUGUGCUCAUCUUGUCCUGCCAGGUACAUCAAAAAGAAUUUUAAAUGGUCUUGUAUCAAAACGAACGAGAUAUCAUGGAAAAAUCCCUAAUGAUUUAUCUGCAAGACAUAAACGCCCAUCUAAUUAUGAACUGAAUAAACGUGAUGCGUCUGAACGUAAAGAUAGUUUUACGGAUGAUACUCGAUUAAGUUUCAGUAGUAGUAAUACUCAUAAGAAAUCGAAUGCUGAUGGUUCAAUGAAAUCAUUAACUUCGAAAAGAGAAAAAAAAGAAGCUAUUAUUUGGGGACCCACUGGUGUUGAACCAUGGAGUGCAUCGAUGAUUACUGGUAUUGAUUGGAAAUCUUUAACUAUUCCAGCAUCACUUCCAACAACAUUUGAUGUUGUACCAUCUGCUGAAGAAUUAAAUCGUGAUUAUACACAUAAUUCAUAUACAUUAAUUCAUGCUUUACCACCACAAGAUGAAUAUGAUCGAAAGAUAAAACAUAUGUUAAAUGCAAGUAAUAAUCAUGAAAAAUCAACUCCAUGUGAUAAUAUGGAACGUCAAAGAAUAACUUUUGAUGAAUUAAUUGAUCAACGAUUAUCACAAGGUUUUCAAAUGAUUGUUGAUAUUCCUGCACAUAUUCAUCAAAAAAUGAUUGAUUCAAUUCGACGAGCUGGUUGUAAAGAAACUGAAUAUAAUCGUUUAUUAAGUAUCGGUAGAAUAUAUCAUACAUUAAGUCUUGUAACAGAAGAAAGUCAAUCACAAGAUACAGUUGUUAUUUAUGUACAGCAACAUAAACCUCAAUAUGUUUUUCAACCCAAAUCUGUUAUGUAUAAAUAUCGUUUUCAAUGUCCAGAUUCUUCAGAUUAUGAUUUAGCAUAUUAUGAAUUACAACUGGAUAGUUUAGAAUCAUUUCCAUGGAAUUCAGUUGAUAAUGUUGUUGGAAAUCAUGGUACAGGCGAUCAUAAGUUAUCCGAUUUAAUAAAAUAUUGGCAUACACGUCUUGUUCUUAUGCCUGUCUCAAAAGAUUAUACAAUUCGAAAUAUUGAAUCUGGUCAAACAAAAUGUGAUAGUCGUGAAGAAAUGUCACAUGAAGAUUUUUUUCUUUAUGUUGAACAUUUUGUUCGAUUUUUAUUUAUGCUUAAUAAACUUAAUCGAGUACCGAUUGGAUCAACUGAAUGUAUACAUCGACCUCUUGAUCCAUUAACUGGUAAAAAACGAAUUGAUCCUCCUAAACGUCAGGGAAAAACUUUAAUUACAAUUGAAACAUUUAAAUUAGCUGAUAUAAUGUCUGGUGAUAAAGAUGCAAUAAAUAAUUUAUUAAAUUUAUUUCGAGAUGAUCAACAAGGUUUAUUAUUCGUCAAAGAUUCUGUAUUACCAGAACAUACUUUCAUUGCAAUUGAAGCUAUUUGGUGGUCAAUUGAACAUUGUGAAGAUAUAGAAAAUGAACAAACAGCUUUAGAUUUAUUUCAAUUUUUAUUUACUGAAGGACAUAUUCGACAUUGUACAAAUAUCGAAACAAGUUUUCGUUUUGGAUUUUUUCUCUAUUAUAUUGUAACAGAAAGAACACAAACUUUUUCUCUUGAUUUGAAUGAUUAUGCUGAAGUCGAAUUUCAUCAAACUCAAACAUAUAUUCCAUCAAUGGAUUAUUUAGGUUUUGGUGAAUGUAAACCAAUGCGUUUAUUACCAAAGUUAAUUGAUAAUCCACAAGUAAAAGUUCGAAGAGAAAGAUUUAAGAUGAACGAUGUUAAUUUAUCUUCAAUUUCAAAUACAAAUAAUGAAAAUUUAGAAGAAGAAGUAUCGAUUGUUCUUAAACGUGAUUGUAAUGUUGAUGUUGAUCCAAAACAUAUAUCAGAUAGACGUGAAUGGGCAACAGCACAUUAUCAUUCAUUUUAUAAUCCACAUUGUUUAUUUGAACUUGAAAUUCGAUGGCUUGUCGCUACAUCAUGUAUACUUGGAGAUUUAAUUACACAAUGGUCACAACGUACAGGAACAAUACUUGGUUCAAAUCAAGUUGCAUUUCAUCUUGUACCAAUUCCAUGUGAUCCAUUUGCUGAAUUUGAUGCACUUAGAGGUCCAAUUUAUAUAAAAAUAAAUUCGUUAUGUCUUCGUGAUAAACUUGCUAAUCUUCCUGACAAAGAUCAAAUUCUUCGAAUAAAUAUCUUUCAAGAACUUAUUCUAAAACGUUAUGGUUUUAUUUUAAAUGCUUGUGUUAGUUAUAAAAAUGAAAAGAUUUAUUAUGUUCAUAUUAGUGGUGGUAUGUUAGUUUAUAUAAUAUCAAAUGUUUAUAAUGUUCAUUAUAAUAAUCGACCAACACGUGUUGUAUCAACAGGAAGAACUAGUGAUGAUCAAUUAUCUCCACUUGAUUAUGGAUUUUAUUGGUGUUGGAAUUUUUGUUUGGGGAAAAAAUGGCGAAGUUCUCAAACAGGUGAAGAAAAAUAUCAAGAUAUUAUGUUAGCUGAUUUUCGAGCAUUUUGUGCCAAUGAUAAUAAUCGUUUAGUUAAUUUUUGGAAUGAAUUAAAUGAUUUAGCAAACGAAAAAAUAAAUGAAAAACAACGAAUAUCUUCGAAUGAUAAUAAGUCCAAUACAGAAUCAAAUGUCUAG